AUGGAAACCAGGACACGGCUGGCUAGAUUGGAAACCGAUCAAUGGAAACCAGGACACGGCUGGCUAGAUUGGAAACCGAUCAAUGGAAACCAGGACACAGCUGGCCAGAUUGGAAACCGAUCAAUGGAAACCAGGACACGGCUGGCUAGAUUGGAAACCGAUCAAUGGAAACCAGGACACGGCUGGCUAGAUUGGAAACCGAUCAAUGGAAACCAGGACACGGCUGGCCAGAUUGGAAACCGAUCAAUGGAAACCAGGACACAGCUGGCCAGAUUGGAAACCGAUCAAUGGAAACCAGGACACGGCUGGCCAGAUUGUGAACUGAUCAAUGGAAACCAAGACACAGCUGGCUAG